AUGAGUCCUCACGAGCCGCCACAAAGGACCUUCCUCCCAUUCACAAACCCCUUCCGAACAAUACUCCCCAAGGGUGGCUCCCUUUCCUCCAAGCACCUCGAUUUACUCAACACCUUUGAAGACACACUAACUCGCAGGCUCAAAGACCUAAAGCCCGCAAAACGAGAAGACAUCCUUUCUCUCUCUUGGAUGAAAAACGCAACUCGCUCUCUCUGCGAAACCCACGCGGACAUAAAAGUCCUCAUCACCGCCCUCGAGCUACCCGUCCGUGAUUGGGACGAGAAGUGGAUCGAUAUUUACUUAACCAACAGCAUGAAGCUUCUCGACACCUGUCUCUUUUUCACUUCCGAGAUCUCCCGCCUUAGGCGGGCCCACCUCCACCUCACGUGCGCCUUGCACGACCUUCGAGACGGGCCGAAAAAGUUAGCCAAGGCACGCUCGUCACUCGACGAGUGGAUUCAUUUAGUCACCACCAAGAAAAAUCCGAGGCUCGAUGGGUGUCUCGCGAAAACUCUCGAUUUUCCGAAAAUGAAGAAUUUCCCGCCGAAAGGGAAAGUCUUGAUGCGGGCCAUGUUUGGAGUCAAAGUGCUGACUCUAUUCGUUUGCAGUAUAUUCGUUGCAGCAUUCUCGGGCUCGGGGGAGAAGCUGAUUGAUUUACGAGUUGUCCCUGAGGUUUGCUCUUGGGCCGAGGCUGUUUUCGAUCUUCAGAAUUUCGUGAAUGCGGAAAUAAGAAAAGAGUUCGCGGUGUUGAGAGAGGUGGAGAAUGUGUACUCGGUGGUGAAUAAGUUGUACCUUGUUGUGCAAGAUGGUGUUCGGGAGGAAUCUGAGAAAAAUUUGAUAAAGGUUGUGUCGGAUUUGGAGGAUAAGGGUGAGAAGCUGUAUUUGGGGCUUAACGAGCUUGCGAAGGAAGUGGACGUGUUUUUCAAGGUUAUUCUGAGCGGGAGAGAUGCUUUGCUUUGCAACCUUCGGUUUGUUGGCGAUGAUGUUACGGAUGAGGUGCGGAGGAGGAGUAUGGGUGAUGGGCCGGGCCAGGCCGUGAGGUGA